CCGCCUUCCUAAGAGAAAAACUUCGGGCGUUAGAUUAGAACUUAUGUAUCGUCAUAUCGUUCGUGUCUCUUAAUGUUCUCGUGGAUUUGUCUCGUUUUCGUAUCGAUUCACAUUGUUUCGUCGCCUGUUAUUCCUUCUACGCGAGAAACGAACGACGUAUAAUAUAUUUUUUGUGUUAUUCGUCUGAAUAGCUGUUGGUGCAGCUUUGCGUCUACCCUUGAUAAACGACAUUUCGUCGCAAAGAAUUUUGGAAUAUGGCUGCUGCUGCCGCUGCUGCAUUGCUCGACGAGCUUAUGGGAAGAAACCGAAAUGUUCUUCCCAAUGAGAAACCCAAAGAACUGAAUUGGGAAGAUUCAGAGUUUUGCAAAUUAUAUUUGGUAAAAUUCUGUCCACACGAUCUGUUUGUUAAUACGAGAGCCGAUUUGGGUGCGUGUUCCCGCGUACACGACGACGAGGCCAGGGAAUUGUUUGAGAAAGCGCCGUACUCGUAUAGAAAACAGCAAUACGAGGAUGAAUUUAUAAGAUUCUGUCAAAGCAUGUUGAACGAAGUCGAAAGGAAAAUAAUAAAGGGAAAGCAACGGUUAGCUCUUAUAGGAAGAACAGAAGCGCCUACCUUGACACCAGCACAAACUCAAAGAAACGAAGAACAAAUUGCUCUUUUAACUGAGAAAAUUAAUAAAUUGGUAGAAGAGGCAGAACAAAGUGGCAUACAAGGGAAUGUGGAACAGGCCCAAGGCUUAAUGAGAUUAUGCGAUCAGUUAAAGGAAGAACGAGAAACACUCAGAAAAUCUAAUGAUAACAGUCAUUAUAAUCAAACGGCUGAACUGGCUGCUGCACAGGAGAAACAGAUGGAGGUAUGUGACGUAUGCGGCGCAUUUCUUAUUGUCGGCGAUGCUCAACAACGAAUCGACGAUCAUUUAAUGGGUAAACAACAUGUUGGAUAUGCCAGAUUAAAGAGUGCUCUUCAAGAAAUUAUGAAUAAACGCGAGAAAGCUAGAGACGAGAAAGAACAAAGAAGAGAGGAAGACAGAAAACAAAGAGCGCGUGCUAAUGAAGAACUCGAUAGGCGAAGACGAGAUGGAGACAGAGAUAGGGAUCGAGACAGGGAAAGAGAUAAACGACGUCGACGUAACGAUGAUGACAAGGGCAGGCAUGACUCAGGCAGCCAUAGAAAUUCUGGACACAGAAGUAGAAGCAGAUCAAGAGAUAAACACGAUAGACAUCGGGAUGAUGAUAAUCAUCGACGUCAUGCUCGAGAUAAAGGAAAUCGUGAUCAUCGAAGCUCGAGUCAUCAUAAUCGUCGCCGCCAUCGAUCUAGAAGUCGAAGUCACAAGUAACUACUCUUGAUUGGUUAGUGAGUGAGAAGUAAGCCAGGUAUGCACUAAACAAUAUACCAUAUUCGUCUCAAUUACUGUACAGGUCCUUUACCAGGUGAGUUUCAUUAGAUGCACAUAAUAUAUACAUGAUAAUUAUCUGUAAUUUUGAAGAAUGGCAUAGUCACAGCGAGUCAGUCUCUGGUCCUGCCUAUUAAUCGGAGAAACACUCUAACUAAAUUUCAUAUGGACCUGAUCGUACAGCGUUUAAUUUUCAAAGUGACGAGCUUGCUCUAUGUAACAUAUUACUGAAAAAAGGUGCAUCGAGGUAAUGUCGAGCAAGGAUUAGUAAAAGUCGUUCCCAUACGAAAGGUAUUUUUAUCAUGUAGUAUUAUAGAUAUUGUCUACAGAGCAAGAUAGGAGAAGGUAUACCUAUGCUUGCUUUGAUCGGUAUAAUGUCUUCAUAGGGUAAAUCAAUUAUAUAAUAUCAACGACUGCAUAGCUUUUUUGUCGAAAAGAAAUUAGUGGUUUAGUGGAGGAAAACAGUGCCUACUUCCGUAGACCUGCCACAACAGUGCCCUGUGUGACUGUGACUAUACAAUCCUAGCUUCUACUACGCAUUUCUGAGGUAUUUAUAUCGGAAUGAUAAUACCAAACAUGUCCUUUUAUUAGGAAAGUUAGAUAUUUUGAAAAAUGGUGAUCUUUAUUUUGGAGCGAUACUUGAGUGCUUAAAGUUUACAAUAACAAACUCCUGCUGUUACUUUCCUUAUUCCUUGAUUGCUAUUUAUUGGAGCAUAUUCAGUUUAAAGCCGAACGAUGUGUCUACCGAUAUAGUCUGAGAAGAUAUCUGGUAUAGGUCCAAAAAAAUAAUUUAAAUAAUUAUAAUUAUAAUUGUUUAACGGCCCUCAGGCUACAAUUGACGAAGCAGUAAAUAAAUUGGGCUUAUAAGCUGGUAUAUAUUCGCAUCGGUAAAUGUGUUUUCUUCCGAACUUUAUAAAUAAAAAAAGUUCCAGAAAUAUGUAUCAUGUACGCCGAAAACACUUCUUCCCUUUGCAUGCAUUUUUUCUUCGUUAUUUUUAAUUUUGAAAGCUAGGACACGGGUGAAGUUUAGUAAAAUUUUCUAAUUGGGUUAGUCGUAAUCUUUAACGUCAGAUAGUACGUCGUUUUGAAGGUCGAUUGAUGACAGGUCACAUGGAAUCAUGUAUUGUAUAUGGUGCUCCUAGGAAAUCCCUCUUAAUCAUAUCUUGUCUCAUUCUUUUCGUCGUGUUCUUCAUUUCGGCUUGAUAGAAGACUCAUACUUUACGCGUGUACUACAUUUGUGUGAUUCGUGUUUUUUGCCCUGAAUAAUCUGCUUUUUGAACCAACUAGACAGAAAAGGCAAUAUAAAAAUAAUAGCUUUGAGUAAAGAGUCGUCUUGUAUUGUUACAUUGGGACGAAAGAUAUACUUAGAAAAAAUUAACAAAUUUAUAGUAUUUCAGCCACAACGUAUCAAACUUCCACCUAACUUGUAUUUUGUAACAUUAAUAAACUGCAGUAUCAAAUAAUAUAUUUAGUAUUAAAUUUGGAGUAAAUAUAUGUAUGUGUAUUCAAUUUUAAAGUCUGUUUUAACCUGUAUACUGUAAAAUAAGAAAUUUCGAACUAGAUUUGAAGCAGUAAAACCAUUAUUGUACAUUAAAACGCUUUCUAUCAUAGCAAUCGGUAUCGACUAAUCGUCCAUAAAAAUGUUAAUAAAUUUCUUCAUUCCUUUUGUUUCCAAUGUUGCAAUCAAAGAUGAUCAUAAUUCUUAAUUUAUUAUCUUGGUUUGCACACAUGUAGCCGACAGAAGUAUGAUAUAUAUAUAUGUAUAUAUACAUAUACAUACAUACAUAUUUUUUAAAUUAUUUCGUGUAUUAAGGCAAGGUUAAUAAAUAAUAUAUAAAUACAUUAUCUAGGUGUUUGGUAACGAUCGAAAUUAAUACGAGAAGAAAGGAGUAAUGAAAUCGUAAUUUCUAAAAAAUAUGUUGUCUAUUUUCAGACAGAAGAAGACAAACCAUGGGGAUAUAAUCAAUGCAACAGGCUCACUUGCACACUGCUUAAUAUAAUAUUAAGGUAAAGAUUUUGCAUAAUCUACAAAUUCAAAAAGAAAUCGUGAUUUUUAUACGAACUGCGUCUGAAUUAAUUUCCAUCGCAUCGCGCUAUUUUAAAAUUAUUUACAGAAAUUUAAAUUCUCGAAAUUCAAAUCGUAAUUAUCGUUGUCAAUGUUAUGUCACACCAUCAAGAUAUAUUUAAAACAAAUUUAUUAGCAAUUUAUUCAUAUUUGAUGCAAAUGUUAUUUUAGGCUGUCUGUAUAUAUAUAUAUAUAUAAAAAGACAUUAAGGUAAAUUAUCUAUAAUUUGCAUUGUAAUACUCGUAAGAUUGUUAAUUGACAUUAAUAAAACAGUACUACAAUGAAA